AUGGUGAUACCAAAGAAGAGUGGUGGUGCAGCAGUAACACCUGCACCCGAAACAGCUGUUUCAAAUUCAUCGAGAAAUAAGAAUAAAAAGAGAACUAUCGAUAAUGAAGAGAAAGAACAAGAACAACAAUCAAUUAUCGAUAGCAAGCCAACUGAACAACCACCACAAACAAAGAAGAAACAAAAGAGAAAUGCUCAGACUGAUAAAGUUGCUACAGAGAUUAAACAAUUGGCAUCGGUACCAACUGAACAAGAGAAAGAAGAUGCAAAGACAGUACCAACUUUGGAGCAAGUAGAGAAAAAGACUGGAAAGAGAUCAAAGAAAUUACCAACACCAACAAAGACAACCGAAGAAACAACUACAACUACCACCACAACUACAACUACAUCAACUAGUGGUAAAUCGACUAAAGCUGCUGCUGCCGUCACUCCAUCAGUAGCUACUGAUGACAAAGACAAUGUAACAUCAAAGAAGAAUAACGAAUGGAGAGAAGAUGAAUGGGCUGCUCCAGAUCCAAAUAUUAAAGUUCCAAGAGCUGAAACUGUUACUGCUGAAGAGUUGGGUAUUGCUGGUGAUUCAAUCGAAUUCAAUUCAUUACCAAUCGAAGAAAAGACAAAGAAGGCAAUUGCCGAGAUGAAAUUCACAAAGAUGACACCAAUUCAAGCAAAGACAAUUAUGCCACUUUUGGAGGGAAGAGAUUUGUUGGGUGCAGCAAGAACUGGUAGUGGUAAGACAUUGGCAUUCUUGAUUCCAGCGAUCGAAAUUUUAGUAAAAGCAAACUUUAAGCCAAGAAACGGAACUGGUGUCAUCAUUAUUUCACCGACCAGAGAGUUGGCACUGCAAAUCUAUGGUGUUGCCCGUGAGUUGAUGUUGAAUCACACUCAGACACACGGUUUGGUGAUCGGUGGUAACAACGAUAAGCGUGCCGAGAUCGAGCGUCUCGAGAAGGGUGUCAACCUGUUGGUAUGCACACCGGGUCGUCUGUUGGAUCAUCUUCAGAACACCCGUGGAUUCAUUGUAAAGAACUUGAAGUGUUUGGUCAUUGACGAAGCCGAUCGUAUCUUGGAGGUCGGAUUCGAAGAGGACAUGCAUCAGAUCGUCAAACUCCUACCAAAGGAGCGUCAAACCAUGUUGUUCUCCGCCACCCAAACACGUAAAGUCGACGACAUUGCUCGUGUCUCGUUCAACAAGGAGCCAGUGUACGUCGGUGUCGACGACGACCGUGAAGUCUCCACCGUCGAAGGUUUGGAACAGGGUUACGUCGUGUGUCCCAGUGAGAAGCGUUUCCUCCUUCUCUACACCUUCCUCAAGAAGAACCUCAACAAGAAGGUCAUUGUCUUCUUGUCCAGUUGCAACUCUGUCAAGUAUCACGCAGAGCUCCUCAAUUUCAUUGGCAUUCCGGUGUUGGAGUUCCACGGAAAACAAAAGCAGCAGAAGCGUACCAACACUUUCUACGAGUUUGUCAAUGCCGAGAAGGGAAUCCUCAUUUGUACAGAUGUCGCCGCUCGUGGCGUUGACAUUCCCUCCGUAGAUUGGAUCAUCCAGUUCGAUCCACCCGAUGAUCCCAAGGAGUAUAUCCACAGAGUCGGUCGUACCGCGCGUGGUGUCGGCAAGAAGGGUCGUGCAUUGCUCUUCCUGCUGCCACAGGAACUCACUUUCCUAAAGUACUUGAAACUCGCCAAGGUGCCAUUGAACGAAUACGAAUUCCCACAGAAGAAAGUCUCCAACGUACAGGACCAACUCGAGAAGCUGGUCGCCAACAACUACUAUCUCCACAACUCUGCACGUGAUGCCUACAAGAGCUACAUCCACUCCUAUGCAUCGCACUCACUCAAAGAUACAUUCAAUGUCAACAGUCUCGAUUUGGCUUCGGUCGCACUCGCCUUUGGUUUCCAAAAUCCACCAAAAAUCGUUUUUAACAUUGCGCCAAGCGUAAAAUCCGAGAAAAAGAAAUCGGCUUUCACCGGUCCAAAGUAUUCCGCUGCCAAUCCAUAUGGAUCAAUAGUAGAAUCUACAGAUUUUAUAUUUAGUAACACAAUAUUUUUGGUGGGUUUCAUCGGUGAUCUUAUGGCGCCAAACAAAUCUCAAGUGAAAUAA